CCUUCUAUUUCUUUGCUCUGGACUCUUGGUUUCCUAUCACUUUCGCAAUUCAGCAUCUGCAGAACUCAACUCACCAAAUCACCAUGUCUACCUCCAACACUACCAAUGCCAAUGGCGCCGGCUCUCCCGUCACUCCUCCCGUCGAGCCUGCCUACCGUACCGAGGUCAUCAAGACCUUGAACGAACAAUUCGCAAAGAGCAAGGAAGGCAUCUACCUCAGGCUGCCACAACCCAACCCUCGCGGCCACCUCCGUCUCUUCAAGACCUUCAAAUGGACCGCCGCUCAGCUCAGUCGCUUCUCCGCCGAUGGCACUCUUCCCUACGACAUCGACACCAUGCCUCUACGCUUCAAGCCUGUCGACCUCGACAUUUGGAUUUUCGACGGCAGAGGUAGCACCGACACGUCGCUACCUGAGAUCGAGAUGGAUCCGCUGCCUGAUCUUGAGCAAUUCCCGGCUUUGGUCAUUUUUGACUUCGGUAUUCCUGAGUGGUUGUGUAUGAUGCCUCCUGGCGCUCUUCGUUGGGUGUCUACUGGUCAGAACAAGGGUCGCUUUGUGCUCAAGCCAGGCGCUGUACCUAUCCCUACAACCCGCAAGUUUCCCAGCGGUCGCCGAAUCUUCUCCAGCAACACCAACAUGGCUUCAAGUGGUAUCGAGGGCUUCAGAAAUGUGUACGACAUCAUGGAAGCCUGUGCAGCUGGUGACAAGAUUCGACUUCGACGCGCUGCACGCAAGAUCCGGCUUGUCCUGAUGUGCGCCGACAAUGCCACCUUGGACGAAGAGCAUCGCACAGCUCUCACCGCCAUCCUCGGCCUGCUGGUCCCGAGCUGGGAAGAAGCUGAGAAACUCCGCCUUGAGGCAGCCCAAUCAUACCUUCAUGUGCGCGGCAAGGCAGCCCUCUGCUGCAAGAAUGCCGAAGCCCGUGUUGACGACAAGAUCCGCCACCACAUCCUCGACGAGCUCACUGGAAAGCAGAAGAGAUCUGCACCUCCUUCUGGUCUGCGCACUCUCCAGAUUCAGAACGAGCGCCAGGCAAGAGAGAAUCUGAAAGAACUGGGUCUGGCCUACAGAUAUGCCAUCGUCAAGAUGUAUCCUGAGCGUGCCUUCGACCAUCCAGAUCUCAAACACGUCCUGGAGAUGAGAGCUAUGGAGCUGGCAAGUCUUAGGUACAAUGGCUUUGUCGAGGUUGAAGGAUGUCAUCAACUGGACUUCCUGUUUGACGGAUACUUCGAAGCUCUCGCCCGCCACCACGAUAUGGAGAGCCUUGAAGACUUCGACCCCGAUAUCGACGCCAUGCCGCCGAGCACUCGUCCGUCGAAACCAGCCAGUCAGAAGGUCAGACCCGAACAGAAGCCCCAGUCGCCUAAGCAGAAGUCCAAGUCGCCUGAACAGCAACUCGUUGCCUCCGAGCAGACGCCCUUGUCGUCUGCAGAAGCCGAGCGCAAGAAGACGAAGAACAAGAAACGCAACCAGCGCAAGAGAGCCGCCGAAAAGAUCAAGGCAAAGGAUGCCGUUGCUACUGUCUCUGAGCCUGAUGACUCUGAGCCUAAGGCAGAGCUCGAAACCAGCAUGGCUCUGGUGAAGAUCAGCCCAUCAUCUGCUGCUUCGGUCGAAUACCCCAGGGUCAAGUUCAUCCCGCAGCCCAAGGACAAGGUAUGGAUGGACCAUGGCUGUAUCAAGUCGGAAGCCUGUACCAAGUACUUUGAAAUUCUCCGGGAAGCUAUGCUCAAAGUUCCUAUCGGCAAUCUCGAGAGACGUGUUUAUGGUCCUCAACCGUAA